GCGAGUUAGAGAGGGAGGGGAGCCACACAAAAACCGUUUCUCACCCGGUACGUGGAGUUUUCAUCAACACCGAACAUCAAAGAAGACAAGCUACCGUACGGAAGAGUACACGAGAAAGGAUAUUUAGGCUAUACACUGCGAGUAUUUCAGUUUGGUUAAUUAUUUAUUGGUAUUUAUUCGUUUAUUUAUUUGUUAAACUUUGUGGAAGUUUAUUUUGCUCUUAUGAAGAUGAACGGUAUUACGAGGAGUUUGUGCACAAUCGAGGACAUCAGGGCGGAGGAAAGAGUGGAGAGCUGUAGACGGCUCCGGCUCACCCUACAGAACCAGCAGCAGCAGCAGCAGCAGCAGCAACAGCAGCAGAGCCACGGCAAGCCAAUCGGACGAGCUUUUGCUGUGGUGCAGCCUCCCGUGGAGAGGGAACCUUUGAAGAACGAGCCAAUCAAACCGUCCGAAGAGAAGGUUGAGGUCAUUAAGGUGUAUCUGAAAGCCCGCCAGCAACAGCAGGCUCGACACCAGCAGAGUCUUAAGAUGCUGUCAGAUGAAGUGACACAGAUUCAAGAGGUGAGGUAUUGUCUGAAGAACCUGAGAGAGCAGAUGGCCGCCAAAAACAACACAUACAAGACAGAGAGCAAGAUCCGCUUAUCCACCCCUGAUCCCAGAGAACACGCCCACUUAGCAACAUCCUCAUCCUCAUCCUCAGUCUCAUCAUCAGCAUCAGCAUCAGCACCAGCACCAGCAGCACAACACAACCAUGAUGACAAACAGGAAUGGGGGGAUGAACAGGAGAGGGCUCGGAUGAGGGAGGUCAGCAAGAGACUGUAUGGCCAGCUGCAGGAGGCCGAGAAGAAGCACCAGGAGGAGAGGGAGAAAUUACAGAGGGAGGCUGGUCAGUAUAAGCAGCAGCUGUCGGAGCAGAGUGAUAGGCUGCGGGAGGCGACGCAGACGGCGGAGCAGCAGGACCAGCGAAUCACAGAGCUGCAGCGGCUGCUGACGGGCAUUGAGCAGGAGAGCUCCGGCCUGAGGGAGGAGCUUAUGACCCGGGAGGCGGAGCUCAUGCAGCUCAGGGAGCACAAGGAGGAGGGGCUAGAGAAUGGGAAGAGGUCGGAGGAGCUUCAGAGAGAGAACGCAGUGCUGAAGGAGAAGCUCCAUCACCUGGACGACAUGCUGAAGAGCCAGCAGAGGAAGCUACGAACCAUGAUCGAGCAGGUGCAGAACUCCAAGCUGGUGAUCCAGGAGAGAGACAGGGUGAUCAGGGAGUUGGAGGAGAGGGUGGCCUACCUGGAAGCUGAGAACAGGGAGAUGCAUGACCAGAUGGAUUUCUACCUGGGGGGCCAGAGGUCCACCUCCUACCUGUCCUCAGACAACAACCCCCAGAUCGUAUACAGUAAGCCUUUGAGGCCCUCCACACAAGGCAGCAACAAGUCUCUGCCCUUCAUCAAGGUCAUCGAGAUCAAGUCAUGAGCUGGGGAGGGGGCUUCAUCAUAACAGUGGCGUCACCGCCACCACAAAUCAAUCCCAUAAUGCCCUCUGGCCAGCCUCAGCAAAAGCACAGGAGGAUAUGUCUUACAAUACCACCAUCCCCUCCACCACCAAUACUGCUGACUGACUGUCACAUCACCACAACAUUUCAUGCUUUUAACCCACAUCUUGACACUUAAGUGUGUACCUGAGUGAGCGAGUGAGUGUUUAGGUGUGCAUGUGGUUGUUGAUUGAUUUUUUUUUUUAUUAGUUGUGAAGUGACUUUAGCUGUUUCUAUAAUGGACACUUUCAGUUUAUUGAAGAGACGGAAGUUGAUGUUGUUUCGCAUCGCCGCUCAGUAGAGUGUAGUGAGUCUGUGUAGUAGUGGAUACAUACUGUUCUGCAUGUCGUAAAUGAUGAACACUAUGCAAAACACAGCUUAUGCUGAAACAUGCUAAAUCUAGAAACAAUCUGCAUCAUACGCAACAAAUACACACACACACACACACACACACAGUCACACCACACACACAGUGACGGUGAAGAAUGUGACUCACGGCUGACGUGAGCACAUAAAAAUGAUGAUCUGUUCAGCUUGGUAUGGGGUGGGUGUCAUUAAAAAGGGGGGAGGGGGGAGGAGGGAGAGAGAGAGAGGGAACGAGAGACUGAAAACACAUGUAUUAACCACCGUAACACCUCCUAACACAAUGCUUGCAGACAUUGAAGUAGUCAAACCUCAGUGCAUUGUACCUCAGUCCUACCACACCAGCGCAGUUCAGCACAGCUCAGCACAGUAUGAUCAGUAUACAGCCAUGCUGUACUGUAACUAAUUAAAGGGCUUUAACACACUUACCCAGAUUACAGAGAGCGCACACUGAUCUUCAUACAGACAGACGGACAGGAGGCAGACACAACAGUGUGUGUGUGUAUGUGUGUGUGUGUGUGUGUGUGUGUGUGUGUGUGUGUGUGGUACAAGUAGCCUAUGUUAUGGGGGUGUUUGUGAUCUACAGUAAGGGCUGAAUAGUUAUUCUUCUCCUGCCGUGUUCUAAUCAGGACCAAAACAAUAGUCUGGGUCAUUCCCCUGAUGAGAGAACAGGAUGUGAUGUCAUAACUACCCUGCCCCCGUCCCUCACACACACAUACCAGAACACAAGGUCAGGCCCAGUCUAGUCUGGCGCCUCCAGCCAUGCAUAUUAGUAGUUUGAUAAAACAUGUAGGUGAAACAAGUGUUAGCCUGAAGUCUUACCACAUAAUCAUGAUUUGAUAUGAUAAAAGAAAGUUGGUUUGGAGGCGUAUAGUGUAGGCUACUCGAAGGAUGACAACUAUUUUGUUAAGGUCUGAUAAAUUAAUUUAUUUUUGUAAAAAGAAAAUCUGCUCAGCUAAUCAGGACGAAGGGUCGGUUUGGGACAGGAGCUUGGAAAUGUUGACCCAGAAAGCGAUCGAUUAGGGGAAAAAAAAACAAUGGUGUCACUAUUGCAGCAUUAGGGGUUAGGCAGACAAAGCCAGAGAAACUUGGCAGUUAGGUUUCUAUAGCACUUAACUAAUAAAUCACCUCGGCUCGCCUUCUAGUUAGACUUUAGACUUUCAAAAACAAACAUAAUUCCUCGCCACCCCUCUCGUUUUCGUCUUCUACAGUUUUGCGAUAGCUUAUGACGUGGUCGAGUGAAAGUUUGGAGGUCGACCAGUUCAGUCCUUAGUCGUCAAUGUGUUUGCGUGAGAGACAGGAGGGUCUAGUAGACUCAGAUCGGGAACACGAUGACAUCAUCUGUGGGUGUGAACGCAAUAUGUGUCUCUGUGUGUAAUGUUGAAGGAACUCAGUUGCUUAACAGCAGUAUUGCUGAAGCUCAAAAAUGAAAUGAAGUCAAUGGUGACGAUGAAGAUUAUUUAAAAACACACAGCAAAUGUGUCCUAUUUAAUUAAUAUUGAUACCUAAUUUAGAAAUAUACAGUUUCAGUUCAGUGUCAUAAUGCUUUUGUUCUUAAUGUUCAAGUUUGUACAUAGUACUUAUGUCUGUUUGUCUUUUGUUUGUGUUGUGUGAGUCGUAUUUUUCUUGUCUGUUGUGAUUUUUCCUCUCAGAAAAACCUUGUAGCACUUAGCCAAAUGCUUAAAGCUCUGUAAAUAGUGACAGCUUGUUUUGUAGUUAUUAUUAUUGUUGAUGUGACUAGAACGCAUGUAGUAACUUAUAUAAAAAUGUGUGAAUGCUUUGGAUAUUUCAAUAAACCAAUCCAAGCCUU